UCAUUUGCAUUACUCGCUGUGAAAUCCGACAUGGCAUCGCCCAAGUUCUACCCCCGAAAGAUUUCCCCUUUGGGAAGUCGCCGGUGGGUCUGGCUACGCUACUGUGCCUACCUCACUUGCCUCCUCGUCAUGAUCAAGACGAGUGUUUUUCUCUUUAAUCAUCCAGAUACUAGUCUCGCUCAGAUGGCAUACGACUGUUUUCAUGGCCCUCGAGUCCUUCGCCCAGGGCAGUACCACCAAGCCACCGAGGUCACAUCUUGGAGAGAAGAGGCAGACGGGGACCCAUCUGAUUUAGUUGGGAUGGGCAUGUCUCACGACCGCAGAGAUCAGCGAUUCUUUCUCGGUGGCACCUUAACCCUAACCAGCAUCACCUCGGACAACGCUUCGCACCCAACUCCAUUCAUUUUCGAUCCGUACCCAGCCUACAACAGUCGUGCUUGGAGGAAGCAAUUUCAUGGGGAUUUCAAGCCCUGUCUUGGACCUCGGGGUCGCGAUCUGAGCCGUACCUCGACUGAAGAUAUGAUGCAGGUCUACCAAGGUGUUCAGGCUGGGUUCCCAGCGCCGGGUUUUGGAUCUCACGAGGCUCUUGGCUUGGAUGGUGCUGUCUGCGCGGACCGAUACGCUCGCUUCGGGGCGUACGGGUUUGAUGGUGACGGUGAAGACGAUGUACCCGGCUUCACACGCCCUCCCACGGUGCCAUGGCAUGAGGUUGACUGGAACUGGCUGCAGGAGAGCUGUCUGGAAAGGAACUCCGACAGAUACGAGCCGGUAGCUACAGUGAACUCGAGCCAGCAGAAUCCACUGGCAUUUGAUCUCCCUGAAGCCCCUCAUAAACUUUGGGAGCCGACUGAGGCAGGCGUGAAGCGGUUUCAUCCUCGAUCAGCGAUUCUCAUCCGGGCAUGGAGCGGUCUCAAUUGGAAAACACAUCAUCGCGAGUAUCUACGGGCUCUGAUUAUGGAGCUUUCACUGCAUUCAGGGGGCGAGUAUCAGAUUUACGUGCUGAUCCAUGUCAAGGACGACGAGAUGCCGAUCUUCUCUGAUAUCAAAACCAUCAAGCGAUUGAGAGAAUCCAUCCCCGAGGAGUUCAGAAACAUGGCUCUUUUCUUCAACAAUAAACUGCUGGAGGCGUGGUACCCGAAGAUUGAGGAGCACACCCCCAUAUUGCAGCACCUUCAGCCACUGCAAAUAUUUGCACAGCUGUAUCCGCACUUCGACUUCUACUGGCAGCUAGAGAUGGACGGUCGCCAUACAGGGCAUAGUUACCAUUUCAUGGACCGUGCAGUCUCUUUUGCAAGAGAACAACCACGGAAGUACCUUUGGGAACGCAACGCUUAUUUCUAUACACCAGGUGCCCAUGGAAACUGGAGCCAAUUUACCCAAAUGGUACAUGAUAGUCUUGCCGACAGAUCAGACGACACAAUCUGGGGACCAGUGACCGGGACAGGCAUUCGAUCCUUCGGUCCAGAUCCGCCGGUCUCUCACCCCGACAAAGACAACUACACUUGGGGUGUAGGCGAAGAAGCGGACUUUCUUGCUUUCCUCCCGAUAUUCAACCCCAAAGAUACAUCAUGGACAUUUCCCGACAAGAUUUGGAAUUUCAAGUACGGGGAAAACACACCGCGCCGAGCCGCAGUCAUCACCAUGGGCCGAUACUCAAAACGUCUCCUCGAUCUCAUCCACCAGGCACAGGCAACAAAGGGUCUGGGCCUCGCAUCAGAAAUGACAGGUGCAUCAUGGUGCCUGUUCCACGGCCUCAAAGCCGUUUUUGUUCCCCAUCCCAUCUACGCAGACGGUCAGUGGACACCGCAAGAGUUAGCGCGGAUCUACAACCCUGGUCCACCGGAGAAUAUCAAUGGGGGAUCAGACAGCAUCUGGAAUUGGAACCAUAUCCUCGAUCACAUAACGUACCGUCUCUCAUACAUGUUCACCACGCAUUGUGCGGAGACGCUUUACAGACGGUGGCUGGGGUAUCGAACUGCAGAGCAUGAUGGCGGAAAGACAAUUUCCGAGGACCGGUUUGGUAGGCAUUGUUUCCCGUCUAUGUUUUUGCACACCAUCAAGAAUACAGCGCAGGGCAUGGGGCCAGAUAGAGCAGUUCCUUGA